GGUGGGCGCAACCCUUUUGUCCAAAUGGCUUUCGGAUGUGCUCUUCUCUGCAUCCGAUUGGCCGCCUUUCUAUCAGCCGCCAGCCUAGAAUGCAUGCUGACACCUUAGACUUCCGCCAUCAACCAUCAACUUCAACGAUGGAUCGAUCAUCCCUGGACCCUGGGUUCUCUGCACCAUGCUUAUCCACUCCGAAGAGCAUCAGCUGAAAAGAACUUCGAGAAUCUUCGAAUCUUCUCUUCAUCUUCAACCUCGUUGAGGAAACUUCUUCCCGAAAACUUUCCCUUGAAAGUUUUUUGGAAAUCAUGUUCUUCAUCUGGAAUUCUUCUGGAAUUUCUGGUAUCCAGCCAGACAUUCCUGUGUUCAGCCGGAUCUUCUGGUGUUCAACUGGAUCUUCUUACUUUCAACUGGAUCUUCUGGGGUUCGUCAGGACCUGCUGAGGUUCUUCUGGAUCUUCUGGAGUUCUUCCCGAAUUGGUGGGUUUCGUCCGGACCUUCUGGAAUUCCCCCUGAACUUCUGGAUUUCUUCCUGACCUUCUGGAGGUACCGUUCAAUGUCCGUACUUGCUACUCGAGCAACGGCGUCAGAUUCUGAUUCAAUUCAAUCUGGCAGUUUCCCGAUCCCCGAAAAAUGCAGAUCAACCUGACGGGAUUUUUGAAUGGUAAGAAUGCUCGGUCUUUUAUGGGAGAACUUUGGGAUUUGCUGGUUUCUGCUCAAGAAAGCGUUACUGGAAUUCCGGAUGCGUUUCUACAGCAGAAGAAAGAUCAGAUAAAAAAGCGAUUGGAAGAACAAGAGAAGCUUCAAGCGUCACUUGCAGAGAAAGAGAAAGAUAAGGACCGAGAAAAGGAUAAGGAUGAUUCUGAAAUUAAGGUGAAAAAAGAAGAAAAGGACUCUAGUUCUUCGAAGGACCACAGGCGAGAUAGAAGCCGAGAUCGCGACAGAGACAGAAGCAAGAGAAGUAGGUCUAGAGAUCGACACAGAGAUCGAGACCGUUCAAGUCGAAAACGCAGGUCCAGUUCAAGGUCACCAGGAAAAUCGGGAGGCAAAGACAAUGGAAAAGACACAUCGGACCUCAAGGUUGAACGCGAGGAAUCUCCUGCUACAGAUGUUCGGGAUAAUCCGAUCCCCCUAUUACCCAUGAAACCGAAACCAGAGGCAGCAGUUGCGAUUUCACGACUCCAGGCCAAACUAAUGAGCAUCGCCGACGGCAAAAAGAAAUCCAACCGCUCUCCAACUCCCGAAGUCCAAGAAAAACCCGUCCGGAAGUCACGCUCAAAAUCUCCCUCGAUCCGAGCCAAAAAAUCGAAAUCAAAAUCCCCCACCUCAAAAUCUCGCAAAUCUCGCUCUCCAGUUUCCAAAUCUAGAAAGUCUCGCUCCAAGUCUCGUUCUCGCCGCUCCCGUUCAAAAUCAAAAGGCCGAAAAUCUCGCUCUAAAUCCAAAUCUCGAAGAUCCAAGUCUCGAUCUGCAGAUCGUUCAAAGUCGCGCAGAUCAAAGUCCAAGUCCCCGAAAUCAAAAUCUACACGCUCGGAUUCGCGUACUAGAAAUAAAAAAUCAAGAUCUAAGAGUAGAGAGAGAAGCAAAGCCAGGAAGUCAAGAUCCGCUUCGAGCGACUCUAGAUCUUCAAAAUCAAGAUCAAAAUCCAGGUCCAAGUCUGUCGAAAAGAGGAAGGAAAAUGCGGAUGGAGGGAGAAAAAGAGACGCGAGUAGCAGUUCUACUAGCGGCAGUGAAGAUGAAAAGGGAAAGGAUAAAAAUGAUUUCGAGAUUAGGAAGAAAAAGGAUGGAGUUCAGGCGAAGAGAUCCUACCGCAAGACGAACAAGGACGAUAGUGGAAGUGAUAGUGAUUCGAGCAGAGAAAGAAAAAGUGGAAAUAAAAGGAGAAGCAUUACUCCGAGAAAGGACAGGGAUAGGGACAGGUCGAAGGACAGGGAUCGAUCGAGGGACAGGUCACGUGAUAGGAAUCGAAGGAGAUCUUCGUUGGAUAGAGAGAGGGAUAGGGACAGAAGGAGGGACAGGGACAGGGAACGCGUCGAUAGAUACAGUGGAAGUCGAGGCAUGAGGCCUCCUUCAGUGAGAAGAGCUCCGAGUCGAAGACGAAGUCCGCCCCGGAGAAGUCCAGCACGUUACCGCCGCCGAUCCCCAAGCCCAGGAGACCGUCGCCGAAGACGUUCACCAGAUCGAAGACGCCGCUCCUCCGAACGACGAGACCGUCGUCGUUCGCCAGAUCUCAGAGACAGCGGAAGACGCUCCUCCGACACUCGGGAUAGAUCUCAUAGGUAUGAUAGAUCUUCUUCUCGCGACAGAUCUAGUAGACACGACCGUUCUAGAGAUCGUAGAGACAAGGAUCGCCGCUCGAAGUCCAAGGACCGUAAAUCUUCACUAGAUCGUUCCAAGGAUUUGAAGCGGUCUGAGAAAUCUCCCGAGAAACUCAAGGAAAUUGUCAUCAAGGAUCUCAAGGACAAAGCUAGGGAAAGGAAGACGUCGGUUGACGAAAAGGCGAAGAAACCAGCGGAUGCUCCAGCGCGUAAGGAUUUGAGAAAUGGAAGGUCUAAGUCUAGUAGCUCGCAAAGUAGCGAGAGUAGUUCCUCUAGUGACGAAGAACACCCGUUACGAAGAUCGGUGGAUCCAAAACUUUCUCAGGAGAAACGAGACCGAGAUCGGUUAGAAGAGACGAAAAAGAAGGAAAAGGAGAAGGAAAAGGAGAAGGAAAAAGAAAAGGAAAAGGAGCCAGAGAAAGUAAAGGAGAAGGAAAAAGAGAAAAUAGUCGAGAAAGAAAUUCCGAAACGAGUGGAGAAGGAAGUGAAAAAAUGGGAACCCAUCUCUCAGAAAAAACCGGAAUUGAACGUUUCACCCAAAAAAAUCCCGACUGCUAGUCUUCCUAUUUCCAGACACAGGUUCUCCAAGAGCUUGUCCAGAACACCUUCGCCUUUCAAGAAGACGGAGGACAUCAUCGCAGCCAAUAAACUCAAGCAACCCGUUUUAAAGGAAGACAAAGUAGAAUCGCCGAAAACUGUAGAAACUGUCGUUGCGGUCGCUGAAGUAUUCCCGUUGAAGAAGGAAGAGAGGCUCGACAGAUCAGAAAAAGUCGAUAGGUCUAUCAAAUCAAUUAAGCUUCCGGUGGAAGAAAAGAAAUUGCCGAAACCUCUGGAACCUAUUUUACCAAAAAAACUGGCUGAAAUUGUGAAGAAAACGAAGAGGGAUGAACGUGACGAGUCUUCAGAUUCUGAUGACAGCGAUGACGAUAGGAAAAAGUUGAAGAAGGUAGAGCGAUCUAGAAAACCUAGGAAAACAUCGACUGAGGAUGAAAAAUCGGACAAGAGCAAACCGGUGUCGAGCUCAGAUACUGAAGAGGAGAAAAAAGCAGCUGAUAAAUCGAAGAAAUCCCGAGACUCUAGUCGAAACGAAUCGAAUGAUCGUAGCAAAGAAAGAAAAGAUACAAAGCGUCGCGAGCCAGAAGUCGAGACGAAAAAACGUUCGAAAAAGGAGGAAGAAGAUCCAAAGAAGUACAAAAGAUCCAGGAAAGAUUCUUCCUCGCCAGAAGGGGAGCAGAGAAAGAAGACAAGUAGUGAGAAAGAUAAGCUCAAAUCGAAGAAAUCGAAGAGGGAUUCGAGCUCUGAAGAUGAGCCUAAAAAGUCUCGCAAGAGGAGAGAUAGUUCAACGGAUGAUGAAAAAUUAAAAAGCAGGAAAUCUAGGAAGGAUUCAACGAGCGAUGAUGAGAUUCGAUCGAAAUCAAAGAAAGCAAAGAGGGACUCGAGUUCGGAUGAUGAGGAUCCAAUCGUCGGAAAAGAAAUCAAGAAGAAGAGGAAAGGAGACGACAGUAGCGAAGAAGAAAAAGUGAAGAAGAAGCGGAAGAAAAAACCGAAAACUAGUACUAGUGAAUCUGACGAAAGCGAAGUGGAAGAAAAGAAAAAGAAAAAGGACAAGAAACACAAGAAGCAUAAAAAAAGCAAGAAACACCGAAAGCAUAAAAAGAAGAAAGUUGCCUACUCAGAAGAAUCAGACGCAAGUGAAGGAAACACCGAAGAGGUGGAAAAAAAGCUCCGCGAAAAAGCUCUCAAAUCUAUGAAAAAGGGCCACAGCACCGAACGAAGUGACUGAAACCGAAAAAAUGAGGAUUCAUACCCAACUUGAAUGUUGAAUCCGCCCGCAGUAAACGUGAUUUCCUCGAUCAAUUUUUUUCCCUUUCCUGAAAGAUUCCAAAAAAAAAAAAAACAACAAAAAAAACCCUCGGAAUUCCAAUUUUGAAAAUAUGUCUUAUCAGUAUCGAAUUUCGGUAUAUGUAAGUUUUAAACUAGUUCCGAUAAGUGUGUGUGACUUGAAAAAACAUGAUUAAUAAUCCAUUUCUACAAGAAUCGUUUGUCUCUUAAUUGUCGAGGAAAGGUCUUAAUUUUGUAUUACAGCUGAUUGAACGAUUGGAGGUAGAAUUGACCAGGUGUACAAAUUGAAUACCUUUGAAAGUGAAAAAGUCGAUUUGAGUUGGACGAAUUUUGCUUGAACGGCAUUUGAAGUUCGAGGAAAGAUUAGUUUUAAGGAUCGUCGAGAGUAUUGUAAUAUCUCAUAUUUACUGUAAUACGUUUCUACGCGUUGUAACGUAUAGAGAAUUUCCGUUAACUUCAUUAUGAGAAUAUAAAUGUGAUUAAUGCAA